AUGGCUAGCUUCAAAUUCCUUCUCUUGGCUCUUGCCGUUGUUCUCAACCUUGGUUCGGUCAUGGGCCAAUUCGCUUGGGAUGUCCCGCCUUGUGUGGGCCAAUGUUGGAGCAAGAGUUUCAACAUGACGGUCAAGGAUGCCAUGCAAACUUGUCACCGCAAUGUCUGGGAUGCUCGCUGUCUCCACCUCUACUGUCAGGAGCUUACGAACUGCCCUGAUACCAAGGCAUGCCUGAAUGUUCAAUGUGAUGCAAACGCAGAGCUCGAUUGGCGCAUCGAUCACAUGGCCUCUUUCUUUGGAUGUACCUAUGCAAAGCAAUUCUCCACUGAAAGCGAGAGUCCAGAUGCUACCUCAAUCCCAACCUCGCGCAUUCAAGCUAGCUCUCCCAUCCCUGCAGACGAACCGGACACCCAUUUUCGUACCCAUGUUCGCCGUGACUCUUCUCACAACGCGACUGAAACUGCUAUUGAAACUGCUUCUGAGCCAAUGUCGUCUUCAGUUGUCAUCGCCAAUUCGACCAAUAGUACCCCUUGCAGUUCAAUCGUCACCGCGACCAUCGUUCGUACUGCCACCUUUUCUCCCAACUCCACAGCGGUCCUUCCUACAAGCUUCACCUCGACCUCGUGCAACUGCAAUACCACUACAGUUUUUUCGACAUACACAUACACUCCACCGGCCGAUCAUGCCGAUCAUGCUUCGAGUACUACUACUGUUUUCGACAGUAACAGUACCAUCACCAUGACCUCCGUCAAGACUAGUGUCAUUAGCACCACACGCCCACACGCCAAUAUCACGUAUUCGCAUCAUACGAAUAUCUCUACCGCCACUAGCACCCACUCAGCACCUGCUCUAUUCACUGAAAAUGCUGCUGUGCCAGUCAAUCCAGAAGUGAAGGUUCUCGCCUGGUGGGUUGGCGUGAUGGGAAUCUUUGUGGCGAGAUUUCUUUGAUCAUCACUACGUAGGGCAUCUAACCAAACGUGUUGGAAUGUGAUGGUAGUGGCUAGAUGGAGGUUCACAUCUUGUUUCUUGUUCGGUUAUCAGCGACAUCACCAGGCUACAGAGACAUUGGGUGCUGAUUAUGGUUGGCAAGCGUAGCUGGGUAUCUAGCUGGCUGGCCACCCAAUUAAUCAG